UCAGCCAACUCUAUUUGUCUUAUAAGAAACUAAAACAUAAACCAAUUGAUAACCAAUCUUUUUUUCUUUCUCCCCUCUCUCACAGCUAAAGUAUAGAUAUAUCUAGAGAGAAACUUAGGUUGUCUGUGGGGUUCGUAAGAGAUGGAAGAGGGAAACAAUCAAAGUAAGAAAUGGGAACAAGAGGAGAAUAUUAGUAAUGAAACGAAAAACUGGGAACUGACUGAAGAAGAAAGUGUUGAUUGGAGAGGAAGACCUUCCAACCCUAGCAAGCAUGGUGGAAUGAGAGCUGCUCUCUUUGUCCUUGGACUACAAGCCUUUGAGAUAAUGGGGAUAGCAGCAGUAGGGAACAACCUUAUAACAUAUGUUAUCAACGAAAUGCAUUUCCCCUUGUCUAAAGCGGCCAAUAUUGUUACCAACUUUGUCGGCACAAUCUUUAUCUUCGGCCUCCUCGGGGGCUACCUCUCUGACGCCUUUCUCGGCAGCUUCUGGACCAUCCUCAUCUUUGGCUUCGUUGAGCUUUCUGGUUUCAUACUAUUAUCAGUACAAGCACAUUUACCUCAACUAAAGCCAGCAAAGUGUAACCCACUUAUAGACCAAAGCUCAUGUGAAGAAGCAAAAGGUUUCAAGGCAACGUUCUUCUUCAUGGCACUCUACUUGGUGGCUUUAGGAAGUGGCUGUGUUAAACCAAACAUGAUAGCUCACGGUGCGGACCAGUUCUGUCAGUCACAUCCUAAACAAUCUAAAAGGCUCUCAUCUUACUUCAAUGCCGCCUAUUUCGCCUUCUCCAUGGGCGAGCUUAUCGCGCUAACUCUCCUCGUUUGGGUCCAAACUCAUUCAGGCAUGGAUGUUGGAUUUGGAGUCUCUGCUGCAGCCAUGACGAUGGGCCUCAUUAGCUUAGUCUCCGGCACUAUGUUUUUUCGUAACAAACGUCCACGUCGAAGCAUCUUCACUCCCAUUGCCCAAGUUGUUGUGGCUGCCAUAUCAAAAAGAAAGCUUGUGGCUCCCUCGGACCCAAGAAUGCUUCAUGGAGGACAUCAUGCCUCAAAUGACGUCGUACCUUCAUCCACUUUACCACACACUCCUCGUCUCAGGUUCUUGGACAAGGCAUGCAUCAAAGUCCAAGAAACAAACACAAAGGAGAGUCCAUGGAAGCUUUGCACGGUAUCACAAGUAGAGCAAGUCAAAACCUUAAUUUCACUUGUUCCAAUUUUCGCAAGCACCAUCGUCUUCAACACUAUCUUAGCUCAGCUCCAAACGUUCUCGGUUCAACAAGGAAGUUCCAUGAACACUAGUCUAUCAAAUUCCUUCCACAUUCCGCCGGCUUCACUCCAAGCAAUCCCUUACAUAAUGCUCAUCUUCCUCGUCCCUCUCUACGACUCUCUAUUCGUUCCUUUUGCGCGCAAGUUCACGGGACACAACUCAGGCAUUACUCCAUUGACUCGGAUAGGAAUUGGACUAUUCCUCUCUACUUUCUCCAUGGUUUCAGCUGCCUUACUCGAGAAGAAACGUAGAGACUCUUCGGUUAUUGACGGUAGAAUCUUGAGUAUCUUCUGGAUCACGCCGCAGUUCUUGAUCUUUGGGAUCUCAGAGAUGUUUACUGCCGUUGGAUUGAUUGAGUUCUUUUACAAACAAUCUGCAAAGGGCAUGGAGUCAUUCCUGAUGGCUUUGACUUAUUGUUCGUAUUCCUUUGGGUUUUACUUGAGCUCUGUACUCGUUUCGAUCGUGAACAAGAUAACUUCCACGUCAGUCAACUCCAAAGGGUGGCUCGGGGACAACGAUCUGAACAAAGACAGGCUCGAUCUGUUUUAUUGGCUUUUAGCGGUUCUCAGUCUACUGAACUUUCUUAGCUAUCUCUUCUGGUCUCGUUGGAACAUUAAGUCUUCGAGAAGCAACAACUCUAAUGUGGUGGGAGAUGAUAACAUUUAGCUUGAUGCAUAUUAAAUGUUUAAAACUACAGCAUAUAAUUAAUAAUGAAUAAGUUUAUUGACGUAGUAUAUUGAUUUCAUAGUCUCACGUUACUCCCUGUUAUCAUUUUUAUAUAUAAAAAAAACAAAUGGUCCCCGGUAACCGCACCAAA